AUGAAUCGCCAAGUCCUCUGCGCCGCGCUCUUCCUCGCCUUGGUCGGCGUCAGUAGCGCCGCGAGUGCAGCCCCCCGCUCGAGGAAACAAUACCUCAGCUUCACCAACAACCUUCAGAACAAGGUGCUGGACGUGAACUGCAAGAAUUUGAAUCCCUACAUCGACCUGGGCCUUCACAUUCUGUUGCCCAACGAGAAGUACGAGUUCUCCUACGACGCCAACCGCACCAUGCUCUACAGCUGCCACCUCCGCCACGGCGACACCACCACCGUCUUCCCCGUCAGCGACUCCGCCACCAAGAGGGCGUGCGGCAGGAACCACUGCGACUACAAGGCUGAAGACAACGGCAUCUCCCUACUCAACCACAAGAACAAGCAGUUCACGCUGAAGUACUUGUGGGGACAGAAGUACUCCAACAUGCACUUUGGUUGA